UUUGGACAGUAAGGGACGCUGUUGGUCAGUGAAACAAGUGUUCAGAGUUUAUUCAGUGGAGGCUGAGCCCUCAUUCCGUUUAGCCUGGAGAGAAGACAGACUGUGCUGCAUAAACAGGACUGGCCAUAAUUCCUAUCGCACUGAGGACUUUAAAUUCCAAGGAUUACUUAAUGCAACGGCAUUUGUUCUCUGUGGGAUGUAAACAGCAGGCUGUUGGUGUUUCCGUUUCGUAUUCAUGCAAUGGCGUUUGAAAAAUCUUCUUGUGGAAAAUGGCGUUUGUACUGCAGGUUGAUAUGGCCAUUUCUUCUGUUCCUUUGGUGUCGUGGUCACAUCGUGUCUGGCCAAAUCAGGUAUACAAUUCCGGAGGAGCUGAAACAGGGAUCACUUAUUGGUAACGUGGCUCAAGACCUAGGUUUGGAUGUGCAAAGGCUUCGUUCUGGCCGGGCACGUAUCGUGACCAGACAAAGCAUCCAGUACACUGAGCUGAAAUCAGACAAAGGCGUUUUAGUCGUGAACGAGAGAAUAGACCGAGAGCAGCUUUGUGGAGACGUAACACCGUGUAGUUUCAGCUUUGAGAUGAUUUUAGAAAACCCUAUGGAAUUACAUCGAGUAACAGUGGAAAUAACUGACAAAAAUGAUAAUUCUCCGACGUUCAGAAAGAACGAAAUUAAAUUUGAAAUAAGCGAAUCUGCCACACUUGGAUCACGCUUUUUGCUACCCAGUGCCGAAGACGCAGAUGUGGGCAGCAACGGUCUACAGAAAUACAUACUAACUACUAAUGAAAUAUUUGUUUUGAAGCAGCAUUCAAGUCCAGAUGGUCGAAAAUAUGCCGAAAUGGUCUUACUAAAACAAUUGGAUAGAGAAAGCAAGCCAAGAAUAUCACUGAAGCUCAUCGGUGUUGACGGUGGAACUCCCGCUAGAUCUGGUACAGUAAAUAUAGAUAUUACAGUGCUUGAUGCAAAUGAUAAUCCUCCUAUUUUUAACCAGUCUCUCUACAGAGCUUCUGUCUCGGAGAAUGCAUUAAAGGGCACCUAUAUCACAACAGUAAAUGCCAGUGAUGCAGACAGUGGAUCAAACGGUCUUAUCACAUAUAGAUUUUCAAACAUGAAGGAGCAGCUGACUGACAUAUUUCAUUUAGACGAAAUUACGGGGACUGUAACACUUUCAGGACAAGUAGAUUAUGAAAAAGAUAAAAAACAUGAAAUUAUGAUUGAAGCUAUGGACCAAGGAGGUCUGACCGAUUCAAGUAAAGUGCAAAUUGAUAUUGUAGACGUCAACGAUAAUGCACCUGUCAUAAAUGUGAUGUCAUUCUCCAGCCCGGUGCCGGAGGAUUCUGCGUCGGGUACCACAGUGGCAAUAAUUAAUGUGAUUGACGCAGACUCAGAGCAAAAUGGCCAAAUUGUUUGUACAACAAACCCUAGCCUCCCAUUUAAAAUAAAAUCAACAUUAACUAAUUAUUAUGCGUUAGUAACAGAUGCACCUUUUGACAGAGAAGUUGAAUCGGAAUAUGACAUAACUGUAAGGGCCACUGAUUCAGGAUCACCAUCCUUGUCAAGCACAACUAUAUUACGUCUGGGAAUAUCUGAUGUGAAUGACAAUGCUCCGUUAUUUGAUAAAAGUAGCUACGUUGCUCACGUUACAGAAAACAAUUCCCCUGGGGUGUCCAUAUUUUCCGUCAACGCACACGACAUUGACUGGAAUCAAAACGCUCGAAUUUCGUACUUUCUCGAAGACACACAGAUUAACGGUAGUCCAACCUCUUCUUACGUCUCCAUAAACGCUGAAAGUGGAACUAUCCAUGCAGUGCGCUCGUUUGACUAUGAACAGAUUAAAGAGCUUCAACUGGUAGUCAAAGCGCAGGAUGGAGGCUCUCCUCCAC